CAUUAUGUGGUGAAUUCUCCUUGGCAAUUUUGGUGUUGUGUGGUGAAUUCUCCGGUGCUUGUUCUUGGAUGCUUUCAGUGUUAUGCCUGGUAUUUGUUCUUGGACAUCUUCGGCGUUAUGAAUUCUCUGGUGUUUGUUCUUGA